AUGUUGGCCUCGAAACGGAGAGGUACAAAUGUGGCGGCCAUCCUUGCCCUUUUCGCAAGUGCAUCUGCACUCUCGUGGGACCAUUCUCAGUAUUUGUCAAGCCCAUCAUCAGACGAGUAUCCCAACCCCAAUACAAAGGGUCUGGGUUGGAAUCAGGCCUUUGAGCAGGCCGAUGAGUUUAUCUCUCAGCUCACCGUUGAAGAGAAAGUCGGACUUGUCUCAGGAACUGAGGGUCCUUGUGUCGGAAACAUUGCCCCAAUAUAUCGUCUGAAUUUUACAGGUAUUUGUAUCCAGAAUGGACCCUUGGCGCUGGAACAGGGUUCAUACACCUCCAUCUUCCCUGCUGGUGUUACUAUAGCUGCCACAUGGGACAGAGAUCUUGCUUUCAAGCAUGGCUACCAUCUUGCUGAGGAAUUCCGUGGAAAGGGCUCACAGGUCAUACUUGGCCCAGUCGCUGGACCACUUGGUCGAUCCCCCAUGGGUGGACGCAAUUGGGAGGGAUUUUCCCCUGAUCCUUAUCUCACCGGUGACUUGUUUACAUCGACAAUCGAGGGCAUACAAGAUGGCGGGAUUCAAGCGUGCGCAAAACAUUUCAUUGGCAAUGAGCAAGAGACCCAGCGGCAACCUUCCACGGACGAUAAUGGCGAUACUAUCGAGAGUGUCUCUUCAAAUAUUGAUGAUCGCACGUUACAUGAGCUCUAUGUCUGGCCAUUCCAACAGGCUGUGAAAGCUGGUGUCGCCUCAGUCAUGUGCAGUUACAACAGAUUGAACCAGACAUAUGGCUGCGAAAACAGCAAGACCCUGAAUGGAAUCUUGAAAACAGAACUCGGCUUCCAAGGAUACGUCAUGUCUGAUUGGGCCGCCACUCACAGUGGCUCUCGUGCAGUGAACGCCGGUGAAGACAUGGACAUGCCUGGAACUGACCAGCUUUCCCCUGUUUAUUGGCACGAAUCACUCGUGAAGGCAGUCAAGAAUGGAAGCGUACCAUCCACAAGGCUAGACGAUAUGUGCCGCCGCGUUAUGACCCCAUACUUUCAUCUGAAGCAGGAUAAAAACUUCCCGGGUGUUGAUCCAAACGCGAAGGAUUUUAACAAGCUUCUUUUUUCUAGCCCGGACCAGUAUAAGUACAACUUCACCUUCGGAUCUGAACCCAAUGUCGACGUUCGGGAGAAUCACGGCCAAGCCAUCAGAGAGGCCGGUGCGGCAGGAAUUGUUCUCCUCAAGAAUACCAACAACACUUUGCCUCUCAAGAAUCCUCAACAUAUUGGAGUAUUUGGCAACGAUGCGGGAGAUCUCACAAAUGGCAUGUCCUACUUCACCUUCAAUGGCAUCCUGAACAACUAUGAAUAUGGUGUUCUUGCAACUGGAGGAGGAUCUGGCUCCGGACUUUUCACUUAUAUUGUCAGCCCUCUGGAAGCCAUCAAACAGAAGGCAAACUUCAAAGCCAAUCUGGUUCAAUAUGUCUUGAACAACAGUGCAAUCAUUGAACAAGACAGUCCCUAUCUGUCCUCCCUCCAGCCGUCGCCUCCAGAUGUCUGCCUUGUCUUCCUGAAGAGUUGGGCUACCGAAAGUAUGGAUCGUGAAACAUUGCAUACUGAUUGGAACGGAGACAAGGUUGUUGACCGCAUUGCUUCUGUAUGCCCCAAUACUGUUGUGGUCACCCACUCCAGUGGUGCCAACAUCAUGCCCUGGGCAAACAAUCCAAACGUGACAGCAAUCCUUGCCGCUCAUCUCCCUGGCCAAGAGGUUGGAAACAGCAUUGUGGAUGUGCUCUGGGGAGACGUGAACCCAUCUGGUCACUUGCCAUACACAAUCGCACACUCCGAGAAGAGCUAUGAUUUUGCCCCUAUCACAAACUCGACAUCUUUACUCAAUACUCAUGACCCUAAGGCUUGGCAAUCUGACUUCAAAGAAGGGGUACUCAUCGACUAUCGCCACUUCGACUACUACAAUAAGAGCGUUGCGUAUGAAUUUGGGUACGGCCUUUCGUACACAACAUUUGCCAUCCACAAAGAAAUUUCUGCACAAAAGAAGUUCAGUGGCGAUCUUUCUCACAGCCCUCCAGCUGCGCAGAUUGUGCCUGGAGGUAAUCCUCAUCUUUGGGAUGUUGUCUAUGAAGUAUCAGCGACAAUCCAAAACACAGGAAAAGUCGCUGGGUUUGCGGUGCCUCAGCUGUACCUUCAACUCCAACGUGGGUCGGUGGAAGGAUAUGUUGCCAAAACAGUCCUUCGUGGAUUUGAGAAAUUGCAACUGGAUGCCGGAGAGUCUAAGAAAGUCACCUUCAGCCUGAAUCGACGCGAUAUUAGCAAUUGGGAUGCUGUCAAGCAGCAGUGGGUUGUACCCAGCGGUGAGAUUCAGGCUUUUGUCGGACUCUCAAGCAGAGACUUCCACGGUUCAACCUCCUUCACUCCUAUCGCCUGA